AUGAAGUCAACAUCUAGUGCCAUUUGGUGGAUAAAGAGUCCAAAGAAAACAUCGAAAAGGUCUAUAAAAAAGCGAAAGCAAUCAGUUGGCGCCAGAUUCAGCAAUGACAUGACGGAUCUAUUUCGCAACAUAUCGAUGCAUGCGUAUGGUAAAUUGGUCGACAACACAUUGAAUGUGUGGGAGAAAUUAAUAUGGUUGGCUGUGCAUUUAACAACAAUGUUCACUCUGUUUACGAUUCUGUCACUGAUAUGGGAACAAUUUGUCGCUCAGUACAUUGUCAUCAACCUAUCCAAUCCACUGUAUCCCAUUGAAUCCGUGGCAUUUCCUUCAAUUUCCAUCUGCUCGAACAAUAGAAUCUCAAAGCAAGCGGCAUUGGCGUAUGCAAAGGAGCUGUGA